CCUCCUCCAGCAGCGUGCGCGGCAGUGUGUGUUCAGCAGCAGCUUCCUACGGACCUUCAGAGUAGAACUCAGAGGCGCUUCAGCACCAUUGAACCAGCAGCGGCGGAGCAGCAGACCGGCGGACCGCUUCCCUCCCCGCAGGUUUAGUCUCACCACGCCGGACACCUGACCGGACUCUCCCGCGGACUCCCCACUCUCUCUCUCCAGGCAUAAUGGGGAAACAGAACAGCAAGCUGACCCCCGAGGUGAUGGAGGACCUGGUGAAGAACACAGAGUUUAAUGAACACGAGCUGAAGCAGUGGUACAAGGGUUUCCUGAAGGACUGUCCCACCGGCCGCCUCAACCUGGAGGAGUUCCAGCAGCUGUAUGUUAAGUUCUUCCCGUACGGCGACGCGUCCAAGUUCGCCCAGCACGCCUUCAGGACCUUCGACAAGAACAGCGACGGCACCAUCGACUUCAGAGAGUUCAUCUGCGCCUUGUCCAUCACGUCGCGGGGCAGCUUUGAGCAGAAGCUCAACUGGGCCUUCAACAUGUACGACCUGGACGGAGACGGCAAGAUCACCAGGGUGGAGAUGCUGGAGAUCAUCGAGGCGAUCUACAAGAUGGUGGGCACGGUGAUCAUGAUGAAGAUGAACGAGGACGGCCUGACGCCCCAACAGAGGGUGGACAAGAUCUUCUCCAAGAUGGACAAGAACAACGACGACCAGAUCUCGCUGGACGAGUUCAAAGAGGCGGCCAAGGGCGACCCGUCCAUCGUACUACUGCUGCAGUGCGACCUCCAGAAAUAGGCCGCCCGGCGCCCGGACUGCACAGAGAGAAUUUCAUGUUCCAUUCAGUUUGCAGCUAUCUCCACUGAAAAAAUAAUAUAUAUAUAUAUAUAUGCUUGGACUACCUUUCAAUGGAUCUGCUUCUUGUGUUUGAAACACUCGUGUGCAUGAGAAUGUUAAUUGCUAUGAACAAAAAAACAAAAAAAACGGUCCAGUGUGCGGGUGUACGCCACAAACACAAACACACACACACACACAAGUAAAUAUGAAUAUAUAUAUAUUUCAUUUAUUUAAAUGACUAACUGCCAAAAUGUGAAGUGUGCAAAGUAUUUUCCCAUGCGGUCUCAUUCUACCAGAGGUCGCAGCAUCACGAUGUUGAAUGAUGUUUAUUGUUCUGCGCUCACUGCCCCAAGCCACCUGUUCCCCCCCCCACCACCACCACGCGCCCUCUUAGAAGGAACAACAGUAAACAGAUGUAAACGUGGUCCAUUUGCAUGCCUUUAGGUCCGGCCUUAAUAAAAAGCCUCCAAUCCGUGAGAACGAGGCUUCAGUGAAAAGGGAGUAGACUGGUAUCGGGGGCUGGGGGGGGUUGUUCCUGAGGCCCGCCCAAGCUUUCCCCGUUGGAGCAUGUUUCUUUGUAGAGUAGCUUUAGUAUAUGUUGCUGAGCACUAACCCCCCCCCCCCCCCAUGCAUUUAAACUACCACUACUAAUUAUCACAUGCUGAACCACAUCGGAGAUUAGAAGAAGAGAGAUAAAUUGGUAGACUUGUGAAAGUGAGAGGACAGAUUGAAGGGAGCUUCAGUCCGCUGCAGCUCCAUUAGAGAGAAGAUCUAACCAUCAGAGAGCCCUGGGACACGGGACCCAGCGCUAAAGGACAGGUUGGAGGACGUAGACCUGGAGACACGCGUGUUGGUCUUUUUCAGUGGAAGUGACCUGUAGAAGUGAAGCCAUACCCGUUACAUAGAUUGGACCAAGUACCCCUUCACAAAUCCUACCAAGUAUUUCUCUCAGUCAAUCUUUUUGUACUUUUCUACUCCCGUGUCUCACACAUUGUACACAGCACGGUGUCCCCUCGAAAAAACAAAACUGUGAGCUCGCCUCAGCGCGCGAGCUCACCGCAGACCUCCGACCGGCGUCCACACUACCAGCGUCCCAAGAGCCAAAGGAGACGUGAUACUUCCCAGUCCAAACAGUCCAAAGCAUCCCGCACACCGCUCCACUGUCACGUCACAGCAGUGUGGCGCACCCCCGUCCAUGUGAUCUUUGGCCAGACGAUGUUUCUAAUUCCAACCGUGUUACUACUGUUGUUGCUGUCGAGAUACCAAAUGUAAGCAAAGGCUAACGUGUACAUGGAUUCUUUUGUAGCAUGUAUUGUGUCCCCGACGACAUGGCUGCACUACUCCCUGUGUUGUGAUUUAAUCUAAUAAAAGGAACUCUAUGGGC